AUGUUACAGCUUUUUGUCCUCAAUCUUUGCUUCACUAUAGCCUGGAUUGACUUGGCGCCGGUUGUAGACUUUGCAGCUGAGCACUUCCAAAGCUCAGUGCCCGCGAUCAACUGGUUCUCUACAUCCUUCUUCCUCGCUGCGGUUAUAACUCAGUACCCAGCGUCUUUUGUCGCGCGCAGAGGCUUAAAGCUUUCUAUGCUUGCCUCCGGUGCUUUCAUGGUAGGAGGCACAUGGCUGAUGUAUGGAGGCACUCGGAUCAAAAGCUUUGGCAUGGCGAUGAUAGGACAUUGCGUUAUCGCUAUAGGACAACCCUUCUCGCUCAUCCUCGCAGCUCCCUUCUCAGACGCAUGGUUUCACUCUGGGAGUAGAGCUACCGCAACAGCGGUCUCUGGACUAGCCACUAUCUUAGGCAGCACGAUCGGGCAGUUCAUAAUUGCGGCAUGGGUAAAGUCUAAAGAUGAUGUGACAUCGGGAAUCCUGUAUCAGAGCAUUCUCUUGUCAACUGUCUGUUUCACGAUCCCUUUCAUUCCCGCAAAGCCUCCUACACCUACAGCUCGAAAUGUCGUGCAUCAAACGUCUUUAUCCCACAAACAGGAAGUAAAAAUGCUUCUCUCGAGACCCGAAGUCUACUUUGCUGGUAUCCCCUUUGCACUCACGUCGGGAGUCUUCAACGCCAUGUCCUUUCUUCUCUUUCAGAUUUGUAUGCCGUACGGGUUCACCAUCGACCAAUGUGUUCUCGCUGGUCUCCUGCUCAUCGUCCCAGGCUUAGUGGUCUCUCUUCUGGCGGGGAGGCUUGCAGACAUGUUCAGAUGUCAUCUUGCCUUACUGAAAGGGCUUGCGUUAUUAAAUGGUGCUGCCCUCGUCGCAUUUAUUUGGGUUGCACCUUCUGGGAAUAUUGGCUUCCUGAAUAGUGUUAGCACUAUCCUCAGUAUCGGUGUGAUUGCACCAAGUGGUGUGGCCAUCGAAUUCAUCACGGAAAUCAUAUAUCCGCUUAAACCGGAACUUGCUCUGGCGGCCAUGUGGGGUACUGGACAACUUUUGGGGGCAGUCUUUACAAUUGGCUGUGGGUAUAUGAAUGACGCCAAUGGCGGUCUACAGCCAGGCGUCUAUCUUAUGGUUGCGCUGGGCUUAGUAGCUGUCCCGCUGACAUGGUUGCUCGGGCUUUGGGGUAGACGGGAGUUUGUACAACUUGGGCGUACUGCAGUUCAGGGUCAUCUAUAG